ACCACCCCCAAAACACCCCUCUAUUCUUCCAAUUGCAUCCCAAACAAGCCGCCAUCAUGCCCGAGUACGUCAAGGUUGAGAGCAUCGUCCCCAAGGUCCCACCGCCGGCCUUCAGCGACAUCGCAAAGGCCUCCAACGACCUCAUCAACAAGGACUUCUACCACACUGCCGCAGCUGCCCUCGAGGUCAAGCUCAAGGCCCCUAACGGUGUCAACUUCACUGCCAAGGGAACCUCUGCCCAUGAUGGCCCCGUCACCUCCUCUCUCGAGGGAAAAAAGUCGCUCUCCAACGGCAUCAGCAUCACCCAGUCGUGGAACACUGCCAACCUGUUGGCUACCAAGGUUGAGCUCAACGACACCUUCGCUAGCGGCUUGAAGACUGAGGUCCUCUCCAACUUCAGCCCCGCGGCUGGUAACAAGGGCCAAAAGGUCAACCUUCACUUCAAGCAGCCUGCCUUUCACGGCCGUGCUUUCGUCGACUACUCUGCUGCUGGUGCCAUUGGCACCACGGCUGACGCUGUCGUUAGCCACGAGGGCAUGGUUGUUGGUGGUGAGGUUGGCUACGACGUCCAGAAGGCUGCCAUCACCAAGUACUCGGCUGCCGUUGGAUACACCACUCCUCUCUACAACGCCGCUGUCACUGCCACCAACUCCCUGAGCGUCUUCACUGCCUCUUACUACCAGCGCGUCAACCCCGCUGUCGAGGCCGGUGCUCGCGCCGUCUGGGACUCAAAGUCCGGCAACAACGUCGGCCUUGAGCUUGCUGCCAAGUACAAGCUUGACCCUCUGUCUUUCGCUAAGGCCAAGAUCAACAACCUCGGUAUUGCUUCCCUCGCCUACAACACCAAGGUCAACAGCGGCCUGACCUUUGGCAUCGGUGGCUCUUUCGAUACCCAGAAGCUCAACGAGGCCGGCCACAAGCUCGGCACCAGCUUCACCUUUGAGGGUUAAGCGUCUCUUGGAGAUGCACCUGUAUUAGAUGACAGGAUGGAGAAAAAAAUGAGCAGAGCCUCUGACUUACUUUGGUUCUCGCGAAGCGCUAUCAUAUGAAUAUAGUCUAGAAAGAAGACUAGUAGUCUUGUGCGUUAUGCAGUAGGAUAAUCUUCUUCAACGCGAGCCUUUCAAGACUAUUCACAUAUAUUCCGAAUGCUUA